GUCUUCCCUGUAUUCUUGGAUUUUUUUAUUUUCCUUAGUUUGUAGCUACGACUACUAAAAAGCAACCGAGAGAUAAAGACCAAUAAAAUCAAUACCAUCUGUCUUCUAAAAGCUCAGUUGCAGAGCUCCCAUGGCGGUUAGUAGUAUUUAAACCCCCCCCCCCCACAAGCUCUCUCUCUCUCAAUACAUCUACCUCCCCGCGAAUUGAAGCAAGCCCGCAUGAUCAUCUGAGCUCGGAACUCCACCGAUGGCCCUCCGAAAACUGCCAGCCUAAAGCUACAGGCUGGAAAGAGCUGUUCGGGCGUCGAAGAAAAGCACCAGCUGAUCAUCGUGGUGGGGCGCAUUCUGCCCGAAUCUCAUUGUGGGAGCAGCAGAACUGGGCCUUGUUCCUGGAGCGAAAGUGAAGGGUACGGAACGGUGGCAAAGGUCCAAUCUUGAUUGCUUUCCUUUCUGUCACUCUGGCUGUGAAUCCUCGAGCUGGUAGUAGGAUCCCAUUGCCACCUCCAUUUUGUUUCAAAAUCGAGCAGCUCCUUUGUGGAUCUGGGCUGUUUGAGGUUUUGUCCUUGUCCCCCUUCCCAAAACCAAUCUUUUGAUUAUUUGGUUGUUAACUUUUUGAAGUUUUGAAGGUGCCAUUUGGAUUUAGUUUCCCUUCCCUGAGAUUUCAUUUUUGGGGUAUCUUUUUUCUUUCUUGUUUUCUUUUAAUGCGGGUUGAAAACGUGCAGUGCUUGAGUUGGGAGAUUAGUUUGGGUACAUUGAAGGUUAGAACCCUAGUUUUAUCGAGUCUAAAAAUAGAAAUUUUGUGUUUGUUGGGCAGUGUCUUCUAGACACUGAGCAAUUAAGGUUUCCGAUAUUUUUAGAACUCUGGGCUUUGGGAAUCUUGGAUUUCGAGGUUCAAGAUCUUAGAAAAGUGCUACUUUUGUGGUGUUUUUCCUAUAUUAUUACUUUUGGAGCUUCUUUACUUCGUCUUCUAGAUUUUGAGCAAGAGAUUCAGUUUUUAGGAGGAAUGUGGAUUUGGUGAUUCUGGAUAUCCGGGGAAAUAAAAUCUUUGAGCGAUCUAUCUAUCGUAAUCUGGUCUGUUGUUCAUCUGGGUAGGUGUGGAAGAUGAAGGGGAUGAAACUGUUGAGCUGGAUCUCUUUGCUCUUUCCGCUUGCUUUCAUGGCCUUCUUGGUUCAUGUUUCUUCUGCUGCAUUCACCCCUGCCGACAACUACCUUCUUGCUUGUGGUUCCACCCAAAACAUCUCGGUCCAAGGCCAGGUCUUUGUUCCUGAUUCACAGCAGUCUUCAUUUGUUCUAAAAACUUCUGGGGAUGGUACCUUUUCCACCUCCAGUUCUGCUCUUCCAUCACCCAUAUAUCAGUCCCUCCGUAUCUUCUUCGAACCUGGCUAUUACAAGUUUGAUAUCCGGCAACCGGGCCGGCACUGGAUCCGCCUCUAUUUUUGCCCGCUUCCAAAUUCCGGCCAUGACCUGAGCUUGGCCCCGUUGACGGUAACAACGGAUGAGUUUGUCCUCAUGAACAAUUUCACUUUCAAGAAUUCCAAUUUUACAUACUUGUUCAAGGAAUAUUCGGUGAAUGUGACCUCUGAUUUGUUGGUUCUUAGCUUCAUCCCAUCAAAUGGCUCUGUUUCAUUUGUGAAUGGGAUCGAAGUCGUCUCAGUUCCUGAUGAAUUGAUCAAUGAUCAGGCUCUGGCUAUACCCAAUGCUCCUUUCAGUGGUCUCUCUGAGAUUGGCCUUGAGACCGUGUAUCGGUUGAACGUGGGGGGCCCUGUGCUCACUCCUCAGAAUGACUCCCUUGGGAGAACCUGGCAGCCUGAUGGCAAAUACCUCCAUGUUAACGGCUCCGCCGUGAAUGUGUCUGUAGAUCCUGCAACUAUACAGUACCCUGCUGUGAUGACCGAAGAGAUAGCACCAAAAUGGGUAUAUGCCACUGCCGAUGCAAUGGGAGAUGCAAAUGUAACAGACCUGAAUUUCAACAUCACGUGGGUCUUCACCGUCGACCCGAGCUUCCUUUACUUGAUCCGUCUCCAUUUCUGUGAUAUUGUCAGUAAGGCUCUGAACACAUUGGUUUUCAAUGUUUAUGUGAAUUCAGACAUUGCUAUCGCAAGCUUGGAUCUGUCAUCUCUAAAGGGUGACCUAUCUGUGCCAUACUACAAGGAUUUUGUUUCGAAUUCCUCAAAUGGUUCAAAUACCAUGACUGUGAGUGUUGGUCCAGACACGAUGGCUGACUUUAGCAAUGCGAUCCUGAAUGGUUUGGAGAUUAUGAAGAUUAGCAAUGAUGUCAAAAGCUUGGAUGGAGUCUUUGCUGUUAAAGAUCUUAUUCCUGAGUCACCUUCAGGAAAGAACAGGUUGGGAAUUAUAAUUGGGGUAGUCAUGGGAUCUGUGGCUGCUGUUGGUUCGAUGGUAUUGUGCUACUGCUGUUUCAUGGUUCGCAGAUCGAAAACUAGAGCCCAUAGUCACCUAUGGUUACCACUGCCCUUACACGGAAACUCCCACACAAUCAGCAAGGUGUCGACAACUUCUCAGAAGAGUGGAACAGCAAGCUGCAUCUCUUUGGCCUCUACAAACCUUGGCCGUGUCUUUCUGUUUCAAGAGAUCAUGGAUGCAACAAAUAAGUUUGAUGAGAGUUUGCUUCUCGGUGUGGGUGGGUUUGGAAAGGUCUAUAAGGGGACGCUGGAAGAUGGCACUAAAGUUGCUGUCAAGAGAGGGAACCCCAGGUCUGAGCAAGGGCUUGCUGAAUUCCACACUGAGAUUGAGAUGUUGUCCAAGCUACGGCAUCGUCACUUGGUCUCACUUAUUGGCUAUUGUGACGAGCGCUCUGAGAUGAUUUUGGUCUACGAGUACAUGGCAAAUGGGCCACUGAGGAGCCAUCUCUAUGGUGCCAACCUUCCAUCCCUCUCAUGGAGACAACGUCUUGAGAUCUGCAUUGGGGCUGCAAGGGGACUGCAUUACCUCCACACUGGUGCAGCUCAGAGCAUAAUCCACCGUGAUGUGAAGACCACCAACAUUCUCUUGGAUGAAAAUUUUGUUGCGAAGGUCGCAGACUUUGGUCUUUCAAAGACUGGCCCAGCUUUAGAUCAGACCCAUGUUAGUACUGCAGUCAAAGGCAGCUUCGGAUACCUCGACCCUGAGUACUUUCGGAGGCAGCAGCUAACAGAGAAGUCUGAUGUGUACUCUUUUGGUGUUGUGUUAAUGGAAGUCCUCUGUGCAAGGCCAGCACUCAACCCUGUGCUCCCAAGGGAGCAGGUAAACAUAGCAGAGUGGGCAAUGAGCUGGCAAAAGAAGGGCAUGCUGGAACAUAUUAUGGACCCAGCAUUGGUGGGGAAGAUCAAUCCGGCUUCCCUUAAGAAAUACGGGGAUACAGCUGAGAAAUGCCUUGCAGAUCAGGGUGUUGAUAGGCCAACAAUGGGAGAUGUGUUGUGGAAUCUUGAGUAUGCUCUCCAGCUUGAGGAGACCUCCUCACUUGCCGACCCAGAUGAGAACAGCAUAAAGAGUAUUCCUGGUAUCCUACUACCACAGAUGGAAACUUUUGAUAAUAGCAUUAGUAUGGUUGAGGGAGUAAACUCAGGUACUGGUACUGAUGAUGAUGCUGAAGAUGCUACCACGAGUGCUGUAUUUUCUCAGCUGGUGAAUCCACGGGGAAGAUGAGAAAGCCGAUCAAGUUGCUGUGGUUUUCAGAUAUCAUGGGAUCAUGUACGUGAAAAACAUGUGGCCUUCUUGUUAAGUUCAAGAAGGUCUUAUCAUAUAUUUCUUUUACGCUAAUAUUUGUUCAUGCCUCUUGUUUCAGUUUGUAACAUAUGCUACUUCAUUUAUGUUAUGCCUUCAUGGCCUUAUUUGUUCUAGCUCUUUGCAGCUGUAAACUUGAAUGAGUUUGGUUUGAAUAUGGUUCAUUGAGAUCAAA